AUGAGACCGCCCUUUGCUUCAAUGUUCCUUCUAAAACUUUUCCUUCUAUCUUUACUCAGCAUCACAACAAACGCAAAACUCACAAAACCCGUUACCAAUAAAUUGCUUUCUGAAAUAUGUCCAAAAACAAAGAGUCCCAAACAAUGUUUGAAUAUUUUGGGUUCGUAUCCGAAAACUCGUUUGGCUUCUUCUCUUCAUGACCUCGGGUUUGAUUCACUAACCCUCGCAAUUUCCAGAGCGAAAAAAUCCGCGAACGUAUUCAAUGGAAUACUUCUUAAAGGACAAGAUCUUCCACAGAAACAGAAGGACAUAUAUAAGGAAUGUCGUCAGGAUUAUGUGGUAGCCAUGAAAAGCUUAGGUGAAGCAAAAACUGCAUGGAACGAAAAAAAGUAUCCAUUAGUGAUAAAGACUAUCGAUGCUGCAAACCAAGUACCGAUUUCUUGUGAGAAGUCACUAGUUGGAGCACCAAAUGUUCAAGCUAAACGAGCGAACGAAAUGUCGAGUCUUAUUUUCGACAUUGCUCGUGUUGUAGCAAAGGAUAUGGAAGGAAAGUGA